UUAUAGGAAAGAAGUUUUUACUGAGAAAAAAUAUUUUAUUAUUUAAAGAACAUGAAAACGUUGAAAUUUACACUCGUCAUUCUCGCAAUCGCUGGAUGCUGGCGACCGUUCUCGUGGACGUCGCUGAUCAAACACACAUUAUAUAACGCGUAUACAUUAUUAAUAAUUAGCCUAAUGUACAGCUUUACAUUCACGCAGUUUAUGGAUGCUGUACUAAAUGUCGACAAUCCGGACGAUUUUACUAACAUCUUAUACACGAUGGUGACCAUGUUCGCUGCGUGCUAUAAAAUACUUAAUCUAUGGGUGAACCACGAGAGAUUCGUGGAAUUAAUUCACAAUCUUACGGAAGGAACGUUUAAACCAGUAGUAUCUGUCGAAAUCGAAAUUCGACGUAAAUUCGACAAGAUGAUACAGAAUUACGCAAUGUGUUAUGCUAUCUUGAUUAUGGUCACUUGCGCAGGCCACGUUUUGCUAUCGUUACUAACAAAUUUUAGAAAAAGGCAGUUAUCAUUUAGAGGAUGGGUACCGUUUGAUUACUCGUCGUUUGUGAUAUUUUGUUUCACGUACGCUCAUCAAUACAUAGGCGUGAUAUCUGGGUCCUUUGUUAACGUUGCUUGUGACAGUCUCAUUGUUGGCCUGCUACUGCACCUAUGCUGUCAGAUUACGAUCUUACAGUAUCGUCUGAAAGGUGUCAUAAAUGGCCAGAAUACUCUGAGCGACUGUGUACGCCAACAUCAUCACAUAAUCGAAUAUGCAUACGCGACUAAUGCAAGAUUCACGAGAAUAAUUGCAAUUCAAUUCGUAGCGAGUACAUUCGUAGUGUGCUCGAAUUUGUACCAACUAAGUAGAACUACAUUAAAUACAUAUUUCGUUGGGAUAUUUGCAUAUACGUUUUGCGUACUUGUACAAAUUUUCAUUUACUGUUGGUUUGGAAAUAAACUUAAACUAAUGGUGUGCAUAUUACUCGUAUCUCAUAUCAUAUCUAUUGAUAAAUUGAAACUGACGUGUACAAUUUUUAUGAUCGCUGGAUGCUUUCGACCGCAAUCGUGGACGUCUUUGUUUAAACGGACAAUUUACAAUGUCUACAGAUUGUAUGUAAUUAGCAUGUUAUACGCUUUCACAUUGUCGCAAGUAAUAGAUGUUGUGAUGAAUACCGAUAAUCCUAACGACUUCACCGACAAUUUGAAUAAGUCGUUGACCGUGUCGGUUUCGUGUUAUAAAAUUUUUAUCGCGUGGUUAAGUUACAAAAACAUUGCUGCAUUAAUUAAUUAUCUCACCGAAGAGCCAUUUAAACCGUUGGAUUUGGGUGAAAUAAAAAUACGAAGGCAAUACGAUAAAAUAAUACGGAACAAUACGUUACGCUACACAAUCUUGAUUGUGACGUCAUGGAUGUCCCUAAUUUUGACUUCAUUGCUCACUGACUUUAGACACAGAAAAUUGACAUAUAGAGGAUGGAUACCAUACGAUUAUUCAUCUUACGCGACGUUUUGUUUUACGUACGCUGUGCAAGUAUUAAGCACGUUCCACUGUAUUGUUGUGAAUGUUGCUUGCGAUACUCUCUUAUGUGGGUUCUUGAUGCACAUAUGUUGUCAGAUCGAGAUCUUGGAAUAUCGCCUAAGAAAAUUCUUGUGCAAUCAAUUUAGUUUGGGCUACUGCAUACGCCAUCAUAAUCGAAUUUUUGAAUUUGCGCGGAUGGUGAAUACAAGAUUUACGCAAAUUAUCGGAUUGCAGUUUAUGGCUAGUACAAUGGUAACGUGUUUCAAUUUGUAUCAACUGACUAAGUCCGCUCUGGGAACAAAUCAUGUUCUGACAAUUAUAUACACAAUAUGCAUGCUAACGCAAAUAUUUAUUUAUUGUUGGUUUGGAAACAGAGUCAAAUUAAAGAGUUUACAAUUAACAAACAGCAUUUUUCAAAUGGAAUGGCCAAUUGUGGAAAAUAGUGUUAAAAAAAGCAUCUUAAUAAUUAUGAAGCGUGCAAUGACACCUAUUGAAAUUUCUACCAUAUAUAUUCUGAAUAUAAAUUUGGAUUCCUUUGUAGUGUUGCUUAAAACAUCAUACUCUGUGUAUAAUGUAUUGCUACAAGUACCAGAAUAGUAAAAAUGAGGAAAGGAUAAAUAAGAAGCUCAUUUUAUUAGCAUAUAGUU